AUCCAUAGUAUAUGCUCCCUAUUUCAAAUUUCACAAGUUAAAGUAAUGUAAAAAAUCAUGCUAUGCUUGACAAGCAUUAAAAGAUAUACCUUCUUACCCGCCUUUUGGCUUUGGGUAAAAUACAUACGUGUGAUCAGCACUCUAUAUUUCUCGAGUGACAGCUCUCAGACUUUUGAUAACUUAGGUAACCUAAAAAUAAAAAAGGGGAGUCUAGCAAAAAUGUAAAUAAAAAUACGGAAGAAUACGGGAAUUAUGAAGAAAUACAAUCAAUUGCUGUUAUUAAUAGUUUCUAUAAUAAGUUUAUCAUUAUUCUUAAUCUACCGCCACGAAUAUAACAGAUUACACUACGUACUGGAGGUCUUUAAUUUCUUCGGUCAACCAUGCAACUUUUCUGAUCUGCAGAAAGCAGAUACAAUCCUGAAUCAACACGAUUGGGGAGCUACACCCGUCUGGCAGGAAAACGAAAAUGGAUACGUCUAUUCUGCUUUUCUUACUGGAAAAAUUGAGGUGAAAGCUAUAGCCCUACAAACUGAUGCCAAGUACCUACCAAGAAACUGCCUGCUGUGGUUUGAGGACAAGAAAAAGGCUGUACCAGGAAAGUUCAAGUUUUCCAAGAUCGGAAAUGAUGAUGCUACCGUUUUAACUGCAUAUUUUUAUAUGUGUUCUAUACCAAAUAUUGAAAAUGUACCAUAUGCUGUGUCAUUCAGUCACAAGAUUAAAAGGGAUAAUGAGCUUAAAAAGAUUAUGCUAACAAAUACUUUAGAUCACAAACUCAAUGUUAAUACGACUAUAUGUGUGUCACCUUCAAUUUUCAGUAAAAAAAGAUUUAUAGAAUUCAUAAGCUUCCAUAAACUGCUUGGUAUAGAUUCAUUCAUAUUUUAUGAUAGAGACAUCCCUCAUAGAUUGUCCAAAUUGAUUAUGAAUUUAUCAAAAAGGCUAGGUAUACAAGCCUCAUUUUUGCCAUGGAACUAUCCUAAGCUUGAAAGUACCUUGACACGCACCAUAGUUGAGAAUGAUUGCUUGCUGCGUACAUUUGGACAAUCUAAAUAUGUUAUAACACUAGAGAUCAAUGAAUACAUUGUACCUACAGGUGCAGAUAGUUUUGAUUCACUUAUAAGGGAAUUCAACAGUGAUUUCCAUAGGUUAAGCCUCCCAGUACAAAAGUUCUGCAUUAACAAUGUCAAUGUGGACAAACCAAUUGCUUUGCAAAAUUUUGAGAUGGCUAAUGAUUUCAAAUAUAAUGUAGUAAGGAAUAUUCACAGAAAUAUAAAUAGUGAUAAUAUCAUAUCUACUAAUGCUAUUAGUAAGGCACUAGCUUCAAUCCAUAAGUACGUCAAAUGCAAUUUAGAGCCAUUAAAUACUUCAACUGAUAAGAGCAUGCUGAAAUUUUCAACUGAUUUUGUUAGAUCUACUCUAGUGCAGCUGUUGAUUCAUGAACAAAUGUAGUAACCCUCUUGAAUUGCUCAAAGCUUAUGAUUUAGUACAUUAGAUGUGUGUUGUCAACAAGAGAAGGAGAGAAGAGACAUUUAUUAACUAGAAAUGACAAUUCUAUAAUGAAGAAACUCGUAAUUUUUCUGCUUUCUGCAUCUACACUUUUAUUAUAGAUAUUUAGAAUCACCUUUUGGAUUGAUAUUCCUAAAAAUAAUUGCAAAAGUGUUAUACUCAAUAAUCCUACAUUUGCUGACAACAUUCUUAGUACCAAAAAUUUAAAUGAAGCAUAAUGUGGGUUAUAGCAUUGGAGAUUAUGAAUGCAAUUUUUGGAAACUGUAUAUCAAUCUUCUACCUUUGAUUCACUAAUAUGUCUUUUGGAAAAAAAUAAUAGAUAUAAUUCAUUUCAUGUCAACUUUAAAUGUUACAACAACAGGUAUUAUAUACCUAAAACUGAGUUUGAAACAUUCCUUCAAUAUCUAGGUUCUGAUUAAUUUGUCAAGUUAUUCUUUCCAUUAUAUAAUGCUUCUAGGUGUAGAAAAUAUUAAUUAGUAUAGCCUUUGACAUCUUUUAGGCUUGUUUAGUAUCUAUCCUGAUCACAAUAAUAGAUAUGUGCCUGUUUUAAAAGGGACAAAAUUUGGUUGUUGUCUUAUGAAUACAAUUGUCAUUAAAAAGGUUUGGCAAUUCAAUUACUACAGUCUAAAUAGAAUAUAGGAAUCUCAUUUUUUAUCAUGACUAUCAUAUCACAACCAUUCUCUUUUUCUAUACAAAAUUGUUCUAAUGAAAUUAGGAUGUACUGACCAGUGUAGUAAUUUCACAGUUGAUUUGAAUUGCUAAUUAUUAAAUGUUCUCCAAUUACAACAAUAGCACCUCUGUAAAACUGUUAUAACAUUAGCCAUAUGAUAUAAAUAAUUUAAAAAAUUUCUCAGUUAAAUUUGUAGUCUUCAUUUCAUUGUUUAAUGUGUAUAUUACAUUUAAAUAAGAAUAUUUAUUGUGACUGA